UAAAAGAGGUGAGGCACCUUUCUACUUCUCACACACUAAAAAGUUUGGCUCUGAAACUGCUUUAAGACUGCAUCGCGCACACCCAGCAGCAUUAACAAUGCACACAAUUCUGCUUCUUGUGGUCACAUCUGGACUGCUGUUACUUCAGACAACUCAGGGACUGAAUGCAAAUGUGGAACCAGAUGCAGAAUUCCUUGAAGAGGCAAUGGCUGACGGUUUCUUAGUCGGCAAUAAUGGGAAAUACAAAACUGAGAAAACACAGGAUAAAAACAAUGCCAUUAAUACACAUGAAUCAUCAAACUCAGAGGCAAAAGCAUCCCUGUUUCAAAAGGAUAGUGUGCCAACAGAAACUAUAGUCAAAAGCCCUGAGGCUAGUACUGAGCUCACCAGUGAAAUUACUAAGGAGCUUCCAAAGAAUGAAAAUGCUGCUGUUUUGAUUACAUUUGUCUCAAACCAAACCACCACGUUGUCCCCUGAGGAGAAUAGCGAAGGCUCUGGUAACGUUCCGAAUUGGCCUCUUGAGAAAUCUUUCUUGAGCAGAUUGUCGAUGCCCGUCUACGGUUCAGGUGACUCAAGCAUGUUUUUAGAGAUUCCCGAUGAGAAGCAAGACAAGGAUCUUCAGUUCACCACUACUAUCUUUAAUUCUGCCGAUCUUAAAAUCUCUACACUUUUAUCAGAAGAGGAUGGUGAAUCUGGUAUGGGGCCUGAAGCUCCUACCUCAGACUGGUUGACGACUAUCCCAUCCGUUAUUGUAAAUGAAGAAGUAAUUCCAAAACACAUAAACAAUGUAGAAAAACCUAUGCAAGAAAGUACUCCAGCACCAACAGUGAAAGUGUCUUCCCCGUUCAAACCAGAUCAAUUUAAGAAAUCUGUAGAGGGACCUGAUGCACUGGUCAAAGAAGGCACACCGGGUUGGCUUCUCAUCUUAGCAUUAUGCCUGACUCUUGGAGCUGUUAUCUGUGUGUUUGUUGCAAUCGCCACCAAAGACAUGUGGUAUGGCCCUAGUAAGCAAUGCCUCGGUAUCAACUCCACUGAGCCAAAGAAAUAUGAGGAAUAUGACAAAGCAGCAACUCUGCCCCUGUCAGAGAAGGAGAUUGUGGCUCUCAUGAGCUCACAAAAGACAGCAAGGAAAGAAACAGACUAUACCAUGAUCAGCCUUGAAGAAGUUCCAGAAAAGGAAUAUCUGAUGUAAUACAAGUGGAAAUGAAAAGGGAGUGAGCCCUGAGCCCCUGACCAUUAACCAAACAUGAGCUAAAAACCAAAGAGAUCAAGCUGAAUUUCUUCCCUAGUCUAUACUGUGUAGUGUUCGGCCUGGCUUUUAGUGUUAAUGUGCUUCAUGGAUAAAUGCUAAUCACCUUACAGACAAACUACACUUUAAUGAACCGUACUUCUCACCAAAGUCUUUCAGUUUUCACUUACAGGUGCAACCUAGUUUCUUCUUCUUUUUUAAUUAAAAGCGAUUAUUGAAAUUUUAACGAUAAUUGAACUAGAUAAUUGCUAGUUAAAAUGUUAACCUGUAAGUACUGUGUACUAAAAUAUAACGAUUUCUGUACAAUCAAGCACAGAACAACGAAACACUCCGUUCAUUUGACAUCGACAAAAUACUCCUGUUUGUGUUAUUCAUUAAAAACGUGCUAAAUAAUAUCUAUAACAUAUGAGGACCACAUGCUUGUAUGAGCACAGCAAAAUCAAAAAAAUUGUAAACUCUUAUCGCUGUUCCUUAUGUUUACAUGCACAAAGCUCUUAAUUAGAGUCAUAUUCUGUUAAUACACUUCCCAUUAUGGAGACCAGAACAUUUGUCCCAAAUUUCCCACCAAUCUUCCGUUCCUGUGUGGUUGGUGAGGUGGAUAUGACAUUGCCUUGAUGAAGAGAACUAACCAUGUAUGGAAUAUGUGUAUUUUAGUUUAUUUGAGCACAAAAUAAAAGACACAUGAAAUAAA